CAACCAUUACGCGCAUUCGCUGUCUGUCCUGGUCGUUUUUGCCGUGUUCCAUCACAUCUUCUUUACCGGUGCGCUCUCCAUGAACUGGCCCAGCGUCCUCGUGGCCUUCUGGGCAAACUACGCAUGGGCAGCAGGAAUGAUCUACAGCGAGAAGAUGCAGAACUCGAUCAACCAGUUUCUGGGAAGCAACAAGGGCAACAUUAGCAUGGUCGGCGGUGCGGCCGCGGUGGGAGUAACCGACAACACCCUCGCGGGAGGUUUUGAUAUUUCUCAGAUCUACAAGCGAGACGACUUUUCUGAGGUCCACGGGCCAUCUGUAUUAGACAGAGUGCAAAAUAUGAUCCAUCGACGAGCAAGCCCCGACAGCUCGACCAGUUCUCCUUGGCAUGGCCAUCCUGUCAAGCCGGGGCUUCCCUUGCCGGGGAAUUACUCGGGGUUUGCAGGAACAUUGGCACAAGAGACCAUUCCGGCCUCGAAUGCGUUCAUGACAGGACUUAUUUGGUUUCUCGCUCUCAUCGGCUGCGUGGCUAUCGCUGUCGUCCUUUUGAAACUAGCAAUCGAGGGGCUCGCUCGGGCCAAGGUACUCAAAGAGGACCGAUGGCGCCAUUUCCGGGCGCACUGGCUGCGAUACGUUGCUUCUGCCGUCCUGAGGACGGUCUUCAUCGGGUUCUACAUGAUGAUCUUUUUGACUCUGUUCCAGUUCACAUUCGGCGGGUCCGCGGGGGUCAAAGCGGUUGCGGCGGUGGUGUUUGCAGCCUUGGUGCUGGGCAUGGCCGGCGCGGCUGGAUACGCGUUCUGGUAUCGUUUGAGAUCUGGAAACUUCAUCUCCCAGCCCGACAGGCUGAUGUUGAAACGGGAGCGUCUGCUCUGUCUGCCGUGGUUCAGCCUCCAUCGGCAAAGCCAGCUCAGUGAGAAAGACAGGUCGCUCAAGUUUGUCUGCUCUUUGCCGUGGUGGAGAAUUGCUUAUGAGGAUAAUUCGGAGCGACCCUCUGUCCACGAAGACGAAGACUAUCUGAGCAAAUUCGGGUGGUUGUACGCCCGAUUCCGGAGGACGCGAUGGUUUUUCUUCGCAAUCUGGCUGGUGUACGAAUUUGUGCGUGCCUGCUUUUUUGGAGCAGCGGCCGGCCACCCCCUGACGCAGGUGUUUGGAAUCCUCGCUGUCGAGUUUAUUGCGCUUAUCACGAUCGUGUGGAUGAGGCCGUUCGAGGCCACGCGGCUGAAUGCGCUGAUGGUCUACCUUUUGGGUUUCAGCAAGGUCUCGACCGUCGCGCUGGCAUCGGCGUUUGAUCCUCGAUUCAAUCUGGACCGCAUCACGACCACGAUCAUCGGUAUUGUCAUCAUUGUCAUUCAGGGGGUAUUGACGAUUUUCCUCCUCAUCUCCGUGGUCAUUGGCGCCAUCACCAGCUACAUGUCCCUUUCCCGAUACCGGGAAGAGGAGCGCUUCCAUCCGCGGUCGUGGCGUCCCAUGCGCUCCAAGUAUCUGGCACAUGUCGAGAAGGCCGCUCUCGACCUGCCACCGCCGCCACCCCCUGAACCAGAAGAGCCCAAGGCGCCUUCUUUCAAUGUGUACUCUGUCCAGCGAUAUCCGAAGAUUGAGGAUGAGGACGAGGAUAACAUUGCGCAGUUUCCCCAUUUCGAUCCCAUGACCGACAUUCCGGAGGAAGGGGAAGAGGGCGAGGGGGAGAACGAGAAUCCAGGCCGGUCCACCCCUGUCCCACAACGGCGGUCCCUAUCCGUCCGGUCGAGCGUGAGUUAUUCGAAUCUGCCGUACGGUGCGCGCCCGGUGCGCGCAAGCUGGAGCAGUCGCGACGUCGCGAUAUGGAACGACGAUCAGCGAAGCGGCGCUGCGUCGCCGGUCGGCGGAGCGCCUCUGCCCCGUAGAGCGUCGAGUCGGCUUCGCCAGAACAGCAGCAUGAGCCUGCGCGAGACGGCUAUGCGACCGAGGGCGAAUUCGCGGGGGACAACGCUGCCACUGCCGCGGUCAGAGUCUCCCGCGACGGUGGCCGUCCCGGAAGCGGAUGUGAUUCCGUCGCUGGGCAGCCACGUCCUGGACGAUGUGAAGGAGGAUUCGCGGGAAGCAUCCGCCAGAUGA